AUGGAGAGAAAUACAGACAGGAGCAUGGAAGAAAACCAUGGUAAUGCUAUUGUUGGGUCAUCUAAUCCAAAUUUAGGCGUAGUAAGUGCUGAAACUUUAAGUGCGAGUGAAACUUUGAGGCGUUAUUCACUCGGCUACAGAUUUAAUCCUCUUGAUCAAGAACUCAUCCUUGGUUAUCUUCUGCGCAAAAUCAAGGGCUUAUCUUUACCCACCAAUCUCAUGCAUGAAGUUGACAUUUACCUUCAUACUCCUGAGCACCUUACUGUAAAUUAUGAAGCACAAGGUGAUGAUAAAAAAUGGUAUUUCUUUACACCAAGAGACAGAAAAUACAAAAAUGGGAGGCGUCCAAAUAGAAGGGCUGAAGAUGGAUAUUGGAAAGCAACAGGAGUUAUUAAGACGGUUAAGAAAGAUGAUGGUCAAGAAAUUGGAUUCAGGAGAACAUUGGUAUACUACAGAGGAAAUGCUCCUAAGGGUGUUAAGACUAGUUGGAUGAUGCAUGAAUUUAACAUCAAUGGUCCUGCUUCCCUGCUAGAUUCUUCUCUCAAAUGGAAAAGAGAUAUGCUGUUGGACUAUGUCCUAUGUAAAAUCUACCAAAAAGUCCAAAAGGAUGAAUCAAGGAAAAGGUCAAAAAAACAAAAAACUGAGCCAGUAGAAAUUGAUGAAGGAAACAACUCGUCUGCUGAAGAGGAAGCAAACAACAGCAACGACACCACCAACGCCAACGCCAACAACAACGGCGACAUCAACCAGCCAUCAAAUGAUAACAUGACCGGCCAUGUUGAGCACACCAUGAAUCAGCCAUCAAAUAAGGCCAUGAUCGUCUAUGAUUUCAAUGAGCUAAUGAAUAAUACCAGAACCAACUACGUUAAGCACAAAAUCAACCAGACAUCAAACAAUACUAUGACCAGCUAUGGCGAGCACAACGACAUCGGCUGUAAUGUUAGCAUCAGAAUGCAGAAUUGUGCCCCCCACUCAAGCUCGUUGAGUAAACUUCUCAAUGAAAGCGACGACGAUCUGGUGAACUGGUCGUCACUAAUGCAGGCUUUGUCGAGCUUUACUGAUCAUCAGCAGCCGCAGCCGCAGCCGCAGCCGCAGCAGCAGCAGCCACAGCCUCCGCAACAGCCACCGCCGCCUUCUUUCCCGGGUAACAAGUAUAAUUAUUAUCCUGCAGCUCCUAGCUAA